GUUACGUGGUGUACCGUCGAAUCGAACAAACCUGUGCAAAGAAAGACAACAAUCUUUUCAAGGCCACAUAAUAUGCAUAAGAGUGCGAGCGGUAUAUCUGCAGGCGCAAAACACGAGAAUUAUAACGGACCUCUCGCUUUAAUUAUAUACUUGUAGACAUAUUGUUUGCAAGAGUAAAUCGUUCGGACCAAUUUCGUGAGCAUCGGUGUUCCGAUGUCCGAUUACGCGAAUCUAUUAUCUAUGGCACAGGCUCGGCAGAUACAUGCUUGCGGCAUCGCAGGUGAGCUUAGAAUGCACCUGGCUGCUGCUGUCGUUCGAAAAUCGGAGUGUCGAAGUGACCCGCAACCUGCCAACCUGCCAGAGCAGAGAACGGCUCGUGAAUGGUUGUGUACCUGUACAAGGUUGAGUUUGGGCAGUCAGUGGUAAAUUUCACGUGAAAGACAUGGACAGAAAUCACGUUGAGCAGAGCGAUCAUGCAAACAAUUUGAACAAUAGUGAAGCAGAUGUUAAACUGGAAAGAGAUUUUUGCAGUCUGGUACAGCAGCCAGGCAUGGAUCAUAUCGGGGACAUCGAAGUAGUGCUCCCAUUUAACAGAGACGCUCGAGGCCCUCUUGGUUUGGGUUUAUCGUUGGAGUUGUGCGUCGUUUGCGGAGAUCGUGCAAGCGGACGGCACUAUGGUGCGAUAAGUUGCGAGGGAUGUAAAGGCUUCUUCAAACGGAGCAUUAGAAAGCAGCUCGGGUACCAGUGCAGGGGUAGUAAAACGUGCGAAGUAACGAAACAUCACAGAAAUCGUUGCCAAUAUUGCAGACUUCAGAAAUGCUUGGCGAUGGGAAUGCGCAGUGACUCUUGGGGUGUUGCAGCGGUACAGCACGAGAGGAAGCCUGUUUUGGGGGACUCGGGUAGCGGAAAAGUCGGGAAUCGUAGUCCCAGGGUGAAGCCAGAACCACAACAAUCGAUCCCUGAGACACCGCUGACUUGGGAACAGCCAGAAAGUCCGAGUAUGGAGGAACAGAGCAACGACAGCGAUCUCAGCGACGUUUUGACCCUUGCCAGAGAGCGUUCUUUAAUUUCUCACGCCCUGGACAGUAUGGCCAGACUUAUUGGGGAGAGCGUCAAUGGCACUAAUGAAUCCGAGGAGGAAUGGACAGGCCAAUUAUUGUACGAAAAACACACGCAGUUUGAACUCAAAGCUCCUAGUCCAGCACCUGCUUAUCUUUCGGUACAUUACAUAUGUGAAAGCGCUGCUAGAUUGUUAUUUUUAUCUGUACACUGGGCCAGAGGUAUACCAGCAUUUCAAGCAUUACCCUCCGAAGUGCAGACGACACUGGUGCGUAGUUCUUGGGGUCAACUUUUCACCCUAGGCUUAGCACAGUGUGCUCACACGUUGUCUCUUCCCAGUAUUUUAACAUCAAUUGUUAAUCAUCUUCAAGCUAGUAUAGCCCAGGAAAAAAUAACAGCUAGCAAAGUUAAACUUGUUACCGAACACAUAUGCCGUCUUCAAGACUGCGUCAGUUCGCUUCACAAGCUCCAAGUUGACGCGACGGAAUUCGCCUACUUGAAAGCUCUCACUCUGUUCAGCGCCGAUAACGUGAUGUCUGGCGUUUGGCGUAAGAAAGUUGAGGUCCUGCAAGAGGCUGCCUGGAACGAGCUGCAGCGGUGUGUCGGGGCUGAAAGAUUACCCCGUCUCCUAAUCAGGCUUCCGCCGUUGCGUUCCAUCGACCCACGAGUACUCGAGGAUCUUUUUUUUGCUGGUCUUAUUGGCAGGGUAAGCGUUGCUAGCGUAGUGCCUUACAUUCUCACCAUGCCAGACUGUAAAACUGAGCCCGAGAACCACAUGGGAUGACCAAGUUUAAUUUGCCUCUGUCGCAGUUGUUUAAGUAUUUACGAUGCUAUAAGACCAUGUGGUAAAUAAACUCUGGCCAGAUCAGGUGAAAGUGGUUCGCGACAUUUUAAAAAUGCAACGUAUCACGAGAAAUUUAAUGAAAAAGGUUCACUGUAUUGUCAAUAUUGUAGUAAUAUGGGUCUUGCUAUAAAGUUGUAGUUAUAAAUAAGAAAGGAUAUAGGGAGAAAUAAAAGUUUAUUGGCCUGUAAUUUCAACCAGUAUACAGUAGACAUAUUCUAAACAAGAACAUGAAAAUGAUUUCGUGGAACAGAAUUUCUUAUUAGAAAAUACAGUAUUUAUUUUUCUAACAGUUGGAGUAAAGUUUCGUUUACGAUCGAUAUGCUGAACUAGAAUAAAAAAAAUAAACAUAGUAACUGUAGUACGUGAUCAAGGAUGAAUCAAAAUAAGAAAGCUCUAGCCAGAGAUUGGAGAAAAAUAUAUUCGUUCAUGAGAACAAAACCGUUUGGAUACAAAACAAAUACAAAUUUUGAAUAGCAUAAAAAUAGUUGAAAAACGUUUUGCGUUUCCCGUAUAGUAUGUGAAACGAGCCAAUAAUGAAUUUUUAAACAUUGUAUCGUAAUAAUAGGUAUUCCUUUAUUGCGAUUUCACAUGUAUUAUACAUCCUUGACGUGUGAAAAAGGUAUUAGAAAAUUACAAGUAUUUGAGACCAAGCAUAUUUGUAACGAAUGAGAAAUUUGUAUUUUUUAUCUAUUUCGCCCUCUUGCGAAAAACGUCAAUAUACUUAAAUACUAUUUUAAGAGUUUUCAAAGAGUUGUAAUAAAAACGUUGACUCGACUAAAUGUACAUUAUAUUUAGGUUAAUUGUUAAUAAAUAAUAAUCAACUAAUAAUAUUGUAUAAUAUCAGUUAUAUAAAUGAACUCGUAAAAUGAGAGUAUUUUCACAAAAAUUAGAAAUGGAUUACUUCACAAUUUUGUUAAGCUGCAGUGAAACAUCGAAAAUAAUUCACGCAAUUGACGUUCCUCGUUUCGAGAAAAAUUCAUUGUACAAAAAAAAGUUAUACAUAUACGUAUAUAUACAUAUAUGCAUAUGAACACAUGUAUAAUGUAAAUCAUAAAUGUUACGUCAACUUUGUCGGGUGAUAUAGGAACGACAUGUUGUUCAUAAAAAAAAAAAAAAAUGAUUCUAUUCAGAAUUGAAAAAUCCUAUAAAUGUAUGAAAAGCGCGCAUUCAUUUCGUUGAAAAAUUAUCUCACUGUAACCUGUAUUAGUGUGAUGUAAAUCAUAAUUAACUGCAUUAUUUCGUGAAAUUUAACUGGACUCGAUUGGAUAUUCUCGGAUACAUGUAUUCAUUUUUAAACUCGAUGAUUAAUUACGUUGCGUAUCAUUUAGACUGUGACGCUAAAGCGUUACGUAUAUUCGUUAUUAAUUGGUGUGCGGGCUUUCUAUUUAACAAAAAAUAUUUGCAUUGUUAAGUAUUGAAGAGAAGUUAGAAAACAAUCAGUGAAAAAAAAAAUAAGGAGAAAAAACGAGCCAUGGCUCAAGAUUUUUUAUAAAAUUUACCACUUUAUAGAGUACAAUAUACAAUGCGGAAGAAGUAU